AUGCAAGAAUUUGGAAAAUUAAUUGGCGAACCAGAUGUAUUGGCAUGUAUUAGUGGUCUUAAGGACUUUGAAAGGUUUACUGGUAAUCAAAUUAAUGUGGUUGGAGGUGUGAGCAAGAAUAAUGAGAUUUUACAGGUAUUGACCGAUGCUUUUGGUAUGCAAGUUUGGUGGUUCAUUAGACAGGAAAACAUUGCAAUUUAUAAAUAUCUGAUGAAAGAUCGUUUGGGAUUGGAACAAAUAGUUAUUGAGUUGCAGAAAAUUAGUAAAA